CUACGGAUGUUUCCUCAGUUUACCUCCUCACAGGCGAAGCGUCGCAGCCCGAGAAACUGACAACUCAAGUACUGUAUUUUUAUUGUGUAUUUUUGUCAUUGAAACGGUUUAAACAUGGCCGGAAUCGACCCAUGCCUCAAAAAGACCUUCACCAUCUUCAACGUCUUUUUCGCGAUUAUUGGCGCCAUCAUCAUCGCACUUACUCUGCUGUGUCAGAUCCUCACCAGCGCCAAUGGAGAUGAGCUGGAAGGACGCACCUACAGCAUCAUCGCCUUGUACGUGAUGGGCGUCAUCACCAUGUCGAUUGCCAUCUUGGGAGCCUGUGGAGCCCAUAAGGAGAGCAAAGUGUGUCUGAUUGUGUUCCUGAUCUGUAUGGUGAUUGGAAGUCUGCUGAUGCUUCGAACUGGAGUCCCCAUCGCCGUCGCCCGCCCCAGGCUUGAAGGUUUGAUGGAGGAGAAAUUCCGUCAGCUUCUGCCUUUGGAUAAAGCUUCAGAAGAUGUGAAGGACAUGGCCGACUCCCUGCAGACACAUCUCCAAUGCUGCGGUCUGUUCAGCUACCAGGACUGGGAGCGCAACAUCCCCGACUCCUGUCACUGCAACGAGGAGGAGGAGAUGGAGGGACUAUGUCAGACCGAGUCCAUGUACAAAGUUCUCAUGCAGCAGAAAAGCUCCAUCUUCUCCAGGCCCUGCUUCCCCAUCAUGAUGCACUACGUCCUGAUGAUUGUUGACAUCAUGAUCGGUGUGGUCUUCAGUCUCGCUGUGCUGGCGCUGCUGGGCAUGAUUCUGUCCUCCAUCAUGAUCCACCAGAUGCGUUACCGGGCCAGCCCCACCAUGGUGGUGGUUCCCGCCGUCUUCACCUGCGGACCUCCCAAGUACCAGGAGCUGCACAACCAAAAGUCAUAAUAGAGGAACCUCCUGUGUCCUUCAGUUCAGGAAGAUUUCGCUUUUUGUUUGUUUGUUUGUUUGUUUCUUCUUGAAUUCGCUGAGGCGACUAUAUCCAAAGUGCCUUAAUUCACUAUGAGGAGAUCUGAUUGUCGGCUUGACAUGAUGAUGAAAGAUAUAGAACACACCACUGGUUUAAUUUUCUAAUGAGGAGCU